GCGAGCAAUGCAACUGUGAAAUCGAGCCAUGUGAUUGGCUGAUGUUGUACAAGCUGCUGUGACAUCAUCAGUGAUAGUCGGUGUCCUCCUGGAGAAGAUACGAGCCCCUCGCCCGUCUGUCAUCCAACCACUACAAACAGACAUGUCUGACUUCACAGAGGACCAGAUCAUGGAGUUCAAGGAGGCCUUCCUUUUGUUUGACCGGACGGGUGAGGGGAAGAUCACCUACAGCCAGUGUGGUGAUGUUAUGCGGGCCCUUGGACAGAACCCUGUCAAUGCUGAGGUGCUCAAGGUCCUGGGAAACCCCAAGUUAGAAGAGAUGAACUACAAGAUGCUGGAUUUUGAACAGUUCCUGCCCAUGCUUCAGGCCAUUGCUAAGAACAAGGACCAGGGCUCCUUUGAGGAUAUCGUAGAGGGUCUGCGUGUCUUUGACAAGGAGGGAAACGGCACAGUGAUGGGAGCAGAGCUGCGUCAUGUUCUCACUACACUAGGUGAAAAAAUGACAGAGGAGGAGGUGGAGACUCUUUUAGCGGGACAUGAAGAUGCCAAUGGCUGCAUUAACUAUGAAGAACUCGUCCGGAUGGUGAUGAGCGGUUGAGGAUUUCAGAGACACACUUCCAAUUUUACUCCUGAAUGUUUUUGUAUUGUUUGUCUUGUCUUGUCCUCUAUCCACAUCAUCCUACCUCCAACAAGUCUUUUUUUGACAUCUUUAUUUUAUUUCAAAAGUGCCUUUUCUGGCUAAUGUGAAGAAACCCUUUCAUCUCAUUUUCCAAACAUUAUUCAGGUACAAUCAGCAGUAAGGUUCCCUGGAUGAUUUCACCUGAUUUCACCCCUUUGUUAAUCAGCCCAACUGUCUUGUUGUCAAAAGGUUUUUGAUUUUGUUUGGCUAGAUAUGAUAAUGUGACAUGUUAAAUCUAAUAGUAUUGAAUAAAAACCCUGGUUUCCAGGAUUAAGCCUGUGA